UUACGGAAAUCUUUCUUAUUUUAAUUUUAAAAGUAUGAUAAUUUGAAAUAUAACUACGUGUAUGAACCCUAAAGAUUUUUUUUCCAACUGUGCAAAAUCAAUGAAUAUUUGCUAAAAAUGUAAACAGAUAAAGCUACUUUUCUUCCCAGAAUCUCUCCUAAAUCCAUCCACAUUCAAAUACCCAAAACCCUAAUUUCACAUCUUCUCUUUCUCCCUGUAACCAGAUGUGGUACCUAAGUAGAACACCUCAUGUCUCUUCCAAUACAAAACCAAAUGACCCGCCCAUUUUCACUUUUAAUAAUUCUAUUUUUCCAGUAUCAGAUAGUGGCGUUUUUCAAAACAUUUCGAUCGUUCAAGUCCCAAAAGAGAUAAAACAAAAUGAUGAUCAAAAGCAACAACACAGGCCUUGGUGCAACUCAUGGGAGUGGUUUGCAUAUCCGCCUUCUCCCAUGCAAUUCCACGCUGUGGCAGUCCCUCGAAAUCCAUCCUUUAGAAUUCAAGUUAUUUCAGACUUUUCAGUAUUGUCAGAGCAAAUUUUAUGCGCCAAACUGCCUCUUGGAAUUCAUCCUCGUGCUACAUUGUGUUGUUAUUCGUUUGAAGGCAAUACGUUAACAGAUGUCCCCAAGAUGCAGUGCGAAGAUCGUAAUCUAAUUGGGGCUUCUGGAGCCAUUUUUGAUGGGUGGCUCUACCUAGCAGGCGGGUUUAAGGGGAGCCCUUCCGCAGGUGUUGAACCUUCAGAGUAUCUAGAUUUGGCGGAGAAGUUGAACCUCAAGACAUGGCAAUGGAAAGCACUACCCCCAAUGCAUACACCAAGGGCUUUUGGGACAGGCGUCGCUCUCAAUAACAAGUUCUGCGUCGUGGGCGGUGGCGCAACCCUCAAGCGCUCAGCUGAAAUUUACGACCCCAGAAAAGACUCAUGGGAGUUGUUGGAAUCAUUUGUUCCAAAGGAGGCUGAUGGAUUUGCGGUGGCAUCCUUGAACUCCCGUUUGGUAAUGCUUACUUGGUCAGAUAGGCUAGGAGUGAAACUGUGGAUGUGGAAUAAAUUGAUUAACAUAGACACCGGAGGGUGGGGAUUGAUCAGUUUCUUUCCCAACCAACAAGUCGAGAGGUUAAGAGUGAGGCAAUAUGGGGCAAAAAUGGUGAGGGUUGGGAAGGAGUUGUGGGUUUUAAUUGGAGAGAAUGAAGAAGGUAUUUUUCAAGUGGAUGGAGGAGGUGUUUGGCCGGUGUUUCCACCGCCCAUGUUUAGGCCUGAAGAUGGGCAUGAAAUUGUGCAGAAGGACCAUGUCUAUGCAUUCCAUUUCCCGGCUGGUGGAAGAAUUAGUUGGAGACAGAUUCCAGUUUACUCAAUUUGAGCUUCAUUUAUUUCCUGGAUGCAACUUAAAACUUUGUCACUUUGUUCUCUGGCUCCGUAAGAAUUCACUGCAUAAUUUAUAAAUGAGUUGAUUUGUUAUUAUCAGAGUUCACUCAAGUGAUUUAGAUUGUUGUUCCAAUGUCUGAGUUUUUCUCUUGAAUCUAAGAACAAAAAAAACUUCACAGUGCUCACAA